AAAUAUGGAGAUUGUGAGUGGACCCACCGGUGGGAUCUUAGUAACAAACUCCUCGCUGGUGGAAAAAAUUUUAAUUGUAACCGGAACACGAAAAAAGAAAAAGAAACAACUCUCUCUCUCUCUCACACACAAAUUCUCUUUCUAUCUCCACCAGUUCUUGAUGUUGUGACUUGUGAAGAAAUAACGGAUCCUAAAGGGCAAAAGAAGGAGACGGUUUUUGUCCAAAACCAAAAAUGUAUCAAGACACAGUAGGCUGCAACUUUGACCCAAACUCCAUCCCUGAAUCUGCGGCAGAGAGCUUGCUCGACCUCAACCCGCUUUCCCCACCACCGCCGCCGCCUCCACAACAACCGCAAGUUCUCAUGCCUUGUUCAGACACCCACCACCACAAUAACACCACCACCAACAGCGGGUUUGGUGUCGAAGAAAACAUCAGACUCUCCAUAGAAGAGCUUUCUUAUCAUCAUCACCAUCACCAAAAUCAUCAUUCCUACAUGGACAUCGAGCUCCAAAACGAACUUGGGUUCAAUGUCGAUAACCCAUACAACAACACCAGUGACCAUUACAACAACAUCAACAAUUCCCAUUUGGUGUCUUUUGAGCACCCAACAAAUUGGGACAACAAUAUUCAUGGAGUCCAUGAUCAGAUGCAGCAACAAUUCCCGGAUAAUACUACUGCUACUUCUACUCCAUACCCACAACCACCUGACCUUCUCAACCUUUUCAGCUUACCCAGAUGCUCCCCUUCCUCUCUUCUCCAAAAUCCAUCCAUCACCUUCACAAACCCCAUCCCAAAAACCUCGAAUUUUCCGAGCUCUUUGGGGUCCCUCGGAGACCUCCCCAGCGCGGUUGACACCCCACAAGGGACGGCUUCUUCCGUUCUCUAUGACCCGAUUUUCCAUUUGAACCUCCCUCCACAGCCGCCAUUAUUCAGGGAGUUGCUUCAGUCUCUGCCGCAUGGGUACACCUUGCCUGGCUCAGGAAACGGGUCGCUGUUCAGUAGCGGCGGCGAUGAGAGAGAGGGGAGCGGAGGAGGGGUUCUGUAUGACCCAGAUGCAGAUGGAAGCCUUGGGAGGCAGUUUGAUAGCGGAGUUUUGGAGUUCUCGAGAGAAAUGGCUUCUAAUGAGAGAGGAAGAGAUGUCAAGGGCACCAAACACUUUGCCACUGAGCGCCAAAGGAGACAGCAAUUGAAUGGCAAGUACGAUAUCUUGAAGACUUUGGUUCCAAACCCAACAAAGAAUGAUAGAGCAUCAAUUCUGGGAGAUGCAAUUGAUUAUAUAAACGAGCUUCUGAGGUCAGUGGACGAGCUGAAGUUGCUGGUGGAGAAGAAAAGGCGUGGGAGAGAGAGGGGCAAGAGGCGCAAGACUGAACAAGAUGGAGGUUCCGCCGGAGACGAUGACAACUGUAAUGUGAAGCCUCUUGGAGAGCAUCAUGACCAGUCCUAUAGCAAUGGCUCUCUGAGGAGCUCAUGGCUUCAAAGGAAAUCCAAAGACACCGAAGUCGAUGUCCGCAUUAUCGACGAUGAAGUUACUAUCAAACUGGUGCAGAGGAAGAAGAUCAACCUGUUGCUGUUUGUGUCCAGGAUUCUUGAUGAGAUGCAGCUUGAUCUUCACCAUGUUGCUGGUGGCCACAUUGGCAAUUCCUACAGCUUCUUGUUCAAUACCAAGAUGUAUGAAGGGUCUUGUUUGUAUGCAAGUGCAAUAGCUGGGAAGCUCAUUGAGGUUCUGGAUAUACAAUAUGCAGCAGCGGUUCCACCCACCAGCAGUUAUUAGGAAGGAGGCAUGAGAUUAACCUGCAUGCUUGGAUUGGAUUAAUAUCAAUUAAGUCUUUUAAAAAUAGUAUUAAAAGAGUAUAUUUUCAUGGUUCAGUGGUGCUUUACUUAACCCUCUUUACUUAUUACAAUUCAUAAAAAUUCUACAAAUUU